GUUAGGCUUGGCGGAGGAAUACAGGGUCCUGAAGAGCGGCCGGUUUUUCCUUUCGUGUCGCACUAAUUGCAUGCGAACAUGUCCUAUUCCCACGACGAAAGAAAUGGGCCGACUGACUGGGAGUCUGCUGACGGGAAACGUGCAGAGCAGCAGGAGUAUGACGGCCCCGCUGGAAUGGAGCCGGACGGCAUCAUUGAGAGCAACUGGGAAGAGAUCAUCGACAACUUCGAUGACAUGAGCCUCCGAGAAGAGCUCCUCCGAGGCAUCUACGCCUAUGGUUUCGAGAAGCCAUCUGCCAUCCAGCAGAGGGCCAUCAUCCCAUGCAUCAAGGGCAUGGACGUGAUUGCCCAGGCCCAGUCGGGCACGGGCAAGACGGCGACGUUCUCCAUCGCCAUCCUGCAGCAGAUCGACAUGGCCCUGAAGGAGUGCCAGGCCCUGAUCCUGGCCCCAACCAGGGAGCUUGCCCAGCAGAUCCAGAAGGUGGUGAUUGCCCUGGGGGACUACAUGAACGCCCAGUGCCACGCCUGCAUCGGGGGCACCAACGUGCGCGAGGACAUCCGCAAGCUCGAGAAGGGCGUCCACACGGUGGUGGGCACGCCGGGCCGGGUCUUCGACAUGAUCAGCCGCAAGGCCCUCCGAACAAACAACAUCCGCAUCUUUGUGCUGGAUGAGGCCGACGAGAUGUUGUCCAGAGGAUUCAAAGACCAGAUCUACGAUGUCUUCAGGACACUAAACUCCAACAUCCAGGUGAUCCUGUUGUCGGCCACAAUGCCCUCCGACGUGCUGGACGUGACCAAGUGCUUCAUGCGCAACCCCAUCCGUAUCCUGGUCAAGAAGGAGGAGCUCACCCUCGAGGGUAUCAAGCAGUUUUACGUGGCCGUCGACCGAGAGGAGUGGAAGCUGGACACGCUGUGCGACCUGUACGAGACGCUGACCAUCACCCAGGCAGUGAUCUUCUGCAACACGAGGCGGAAAGUGGACUGGCUCACCGAGAAGAUGCACGAGCGGGACUUCACCGUUUCUGCCCUGCACGGCGACAUGGGCCAGAAGGAGCGUGAUGUGAUCAUGCGUGAGUUCCGGUCGGGCUCGAGUCGUGUGCUGAUCACGACCGACCUGCUGGCACGAGGCAUUGAUGUCCAGCAAGUGUCCCUGGUCAUCAACUUUGACCUGCCCACCAACAGGGAGAACUACAUCCACAGAAUCGGCAGAGGAGGCCGUUUCGGUCGUAAGGGGGUGGCCAUCAACUUUGUGACGGAAGAGGACAAGCGCACCCUGAAGGACAUUGAGGGCUUCUACAACACCGAGAUCGAGGAGAUGCCCAUGAACGUGGCCGACCUGAUCUAAGGGGAGAGAGCGCCCCGAGCACCAGCGUGCCCGGGGGGAGAGAGGGAGUCUGGGCUGGAGGGGGGAGGGGUCCGUGAUGCUGUCAACCGUCACGCUCCCUGUGCCGCCGAGAGUUUGGACCAGGGGGACAACUGUGAACGGGACAUUGGACACGUGCGGAGUGAGAACUGCCCGUGCGUCUGGUUCGCGCAGUCUGUGACUGCAAAAGGGGCGGCCGGGGCGAACGGAAGAUUUGCGGGAGCGUCGAGCGGCGGCGGGGACCGACGCGGAAGACUCGUCCGUCCGGCGCGGCAAGCAAAAUUGGACGGUGUCCUUCUCUUCGGAAUUGGGGUGCCGAGUCGCCUUCCACCGGUCGGGCGUGGGCAGGCGUCCUUCCGCUUCCCUCUGCGUCCCGCACUUGUCCUGUCUGCCCUGGCCCAAGGGGCGAGUUUACGAGCCAGACGUCGGGGGCGCAGGUCGAAAGUGCAAUGACGGAACGGACUGUUCCAAUUGGCCAAACCAAAAGUUCUAGAACAAUCUGGUGUUUAACCAUAUAAUUAGAAAGUGAGUUAAAAAAAAAAAUUAAUAAUCUGAAGCAGCGGCGUUGCUGUGAGAAAGUUUGUCUCAGUGCCUCGGGCACGAUUUCGGUAAAGCAAGUAGUUGCUAAAAUGAGUUAUAAAUAAAACUGGAGAAAGGCGCGCUUUCUCUCUUCCCCCUGUAACUUGUGCUUAUUAUAUUCGUGUCUUUUUUGUGUCUGGGGCUCCCUAAUAAUCUACCAUGUUUAAAGGAGUUAAUUUUUAUUAAAUUCAAUAUGAAUACAUUGGUGUGUUGGUUUCCUUUUUUUUUUUUAUAUGCCCAGCUUGGAUAUGGCUCACUUUUUUUCCCUUUUUCUUUUUUGAUUGUUGAAGUACUUUGUGGUGACGUCUAGCAUUCUUUCUGCUAUUUGGCACCUUUUUGCGAUAAUUUGAUUUGUAUUAUUCAGACUUAGAAUUUAAUUUUGAGUGCAGAGUGGACUGUCGCUACUCUGUUUUCUGCGUUAGGUACAUGGCUGUUUUUUGUGUACAUACUGUACGCUUUGGUACUAACUAGUGUGGUGUGUUCCGCGCAAAGAUUGCUUUGUACAGUAGCUGCAAGCGCAUAUAUUUAUGAAGCAAGGGGAGCGAAUGAUUGGUUAGGUCGAGGCUUGGGCAUGCACUUUUGCCAUGCCAUACUUUUUUUUAAUACCUUGGGUCUUAUAAGGAAGGAUAAUAAUGUGCCCGGUCAUCUAUGGUCCUGUGCAGAGGUUUAACUUCAGCCCCUAUUGCAGUUUUGUGCCUGUCAGCCUUGAGGCACCAUUCCCGCCCUAUCCAUGCUAGCUCAGUAUUGUGGCUGUAGUGUCAUGUGCUUGCUAACUCUUUUAGUUGCUCCCAUCGUGUUUUUUUUGUGCAAAGACAUCCCACUUUGCCAAGCCAACGAGUGCUUUGGACAGAUGUUGGACGGGACAAUAGAAAAGAAAAAAAGAAAUGCGCGCCAAGCGGGGUGCAUACUUUUAUUUUUCUGCCCAACACUCGCAGUUCGGGGAAGACAUUUUGGUACGCCGAAUAAAGCUAAUGUUUGGAGAGUA